AUGAGCCUCAUGAAGCACUCUUUCAACGGACGCGUCAACACUGGGACGGAGAGCCGGUUAAACCUGCUCGUCCGCUACCUUGACCACACCGUCGACGAUGAUCAGCUGCGCCGCUACUUCGCUCAAUUCGGUGACGUCACAUCCUCGAUGGUGAUGCGCGAUAUCUUGACCGGCGAGAGUCGCGGCUUUGGCUUUGUGCGCUUCGUCCGGCCCGCCGAGGCCAUGCGGGCGAUGGCGGCAACGGACGGUAAAAAGAUUGGCGGAAAAGCUGUCAACGUCCUCUGGGCGAAGCAGCAGCACGACAUGGCUCCCGCCGGUCAGGAGCGGCUGAGGAUGAACAAACUCUUCCUGCGCAACGUGCCGAUGGAUGUGUCGGAGCAGCAACUCGUCUCCCUCGUCCGUCACUGCGGCGACGUGACGGAGGUGUCGCUGCACAACGAUCGCAUUUCGGCCUCUUGCCACGCCCCAAGCCGCCGAAUUGCCUUUAUCGUCUUCAACACCGAAGGCGCGGCCGAGGCGGCGCUGCACGCCGUUCACAACACCUGUCCCUUCCGCAGCUGCCACAACAUUCCGCUGAUGGCGAAGCUGUCGGAGGAUUACAAGGCGAAGAACCUCGCGCACAACAGCAGUAGCAGCUGCAGCAGCACUUCGCCGGAGCGGUACCCCGAGACCCCCGCCUACGCCCUUCCUGUACCGCUGCGUCGCAAGUCGCAGGACGUGAUUUCCGUGCCGCUGAUCGUGAAGUUCGCGGAACUGAACGGGUGCCGCGUGUCGACACCGAAUAGCACGAUGGCACGCUCGCCUGGCAUCUCCAGCCUCGUCCCCUCGCUCGAGUCGACGAGCCUGGAAAUGGGCGCCGUGGCGUCGGUGCGGGCCACGUCCAUCGUGGAGCUGGAGAACAGCGGCCACUUAGCCAACUUGUCGCUCAGCACGCCGAUGCGGCACCUCUCGAGGGAGGCGCGGGUGUACCGCCACUGCCCGUACUCCGGCACCCAGAUAAUCCCGGCGAGCAUGACGAUGAGCUGCACUUCAAUCUACGCGGACUCGCCCGUGGCGCAGCGCCCGCCUCACAGGGUGUAG